AUGGAAAUAUUAUAUCUCAAAACAAAAGGAUUAGAAAGAACCCAAAAUAUGAUAUCAGUGCCUCAGAGACUGAUGAAGAAUGCACAGUUUUCUCUACAUUUGAGACCAUAUUCCUUCAUGUUGGAAUAUGGAAGCAUUAGCAUCAUUAAGGGAUGGUUAAUCAGAGCCAAGGAGAGACGCCGACCAUAUUCCUUCAUGUUGGAGUAUGAAAGCAUGAGCAUCAUUAAGAGAUGGUUAGUCAGAGCCAAGGAGAGGUCAAAAAAAUCAGGAACUGUAGUUAUAAAGAGUUACAUACAUUUAGAUUAUAAAAAUAUGUGUAUACUCAUGUUUAUAAAAAAAAUAGAUCAAUUGAAUAACCUAGCAUGGCUGCGUAAAGAGAUUCAAGCUACUAAUUUGGAAACAAAAUUUAAAUCUUUAAGAAAAGAGGUUGAUAAGACUAUUCGUGAUGAAAGGAUUAGUUACUAUCACUCUAUAAUCAGCAAAUCUUCAAACAAACAGAAAACUACUUGGAAUAUUGUCAAUUCAAUAAAAGGUAAACAAAAGAAUGCAGUUAUUACAGAAUUAGUCUGCGAUAACGUAACUAUAACCAACCCUACUGAUAUCGCCAACUUUUUUGGAAAAUAUGUAUCCACUGUAAUUGGCAAGAAAAUGGCCAAAAAUUUUACCGUUUUGUCGGAUUCCUGCACUACUGGUGAAACAGCCAAACAAUCAAUGUUUUUCACCCAUGUCACUACUGAUGAUGUUAUAUUAAUUUGUGAUAAGUAA